CGACCCCCGCGUGGUGCAUCGAACAGUCGAUAUAACCAAAAAAAGCACGGCCUUUAUAUCAGAAGUCUAAAUUCGCCGGUUGCUACGGAAGGAAUAUAUGCCUGUAUUCUUCAAUUAGGAAUGCACCUAACAUCUAACUUAAUUGGAUAUGUCAUUAGAGCUUCACUUGUAAGAUGACAGGAUAUUAGUGAAUUACCAUGGCAACGAGAAGUCCGAUGGAGGGAAGCUAUCAAGAGGAUCUUACUCGACAAUGGAAGCAGAUAGCAGAACGUCCGGACCACUCACGGACCAAGAAUCCUCCCCUCCCUGACCCCAAGGAUAUGCAGACGGGGGCAUUCCUUCAGCUCUUCACGAAUAGUGUCAACACUGCACUGCAUAAGCAACACUGUACAUGCAAAGGGAAAAGCUAUGACUCCAAGGAACUCUUUGCCAAGAGCAACCCCGGAUUGUUUGGUCCUAACGACCAGUUGAAGGUGACCAACGCAAAGAAGCCUGGUCCCUUGCGACAGAAUGUUGAGGUGAAGCUCCCACCGGUUGCAACGUCAAAGGCAUCGGAGGACAUCAUCAAGGAAGCAACAAGAGACCUGAAGCACCAGCUUAAAAAGCAUGUAAGUGAUACCGGAAGUGUCCAGGUGUCCCCAAGGUUCUGUAAACCUUUGGGAGAUUCGGGUUUGGUUGAACAAACGGAAGAGCUCCGACUUCCUCACAUCAUGGAGAUUCGUGAUCGGACAGGCAACAAUUGGAAAAUCAUCCAGGACGCUUCGAAUAAGUCUAGACAACGGCUAAAGGAAAGUCAAAUAGGGCCUGACUGGAAGUCUUAUCCUGCAAUAUCUACGCAAAAGCUGCAACUACUCAACGGCCCAAUAAAUUCCCCUAGGGAAAAGGGUCUCGCGUUUUCAAAUACAAGUCAAUGUCAAGGAAUCGAUUCGAAUGCUAUUGAUGCAGUCUUAAGACAGAAUACCCCUAUAUUACAGGUUCGGGUGCCAGUUCUUGAUGACUACUCUGAAGACGGCUACGAUGAUCAAGGUAUCACCCUGCCGGACCUGCGACCGCGUUGUCAACAGGCAUUGACCCACACCUGCACAUCCGAGGCUGCCACCCCAAAGGAUGUACCUGAUGAGAUGACGAGGAAGAUUCUUCUUGGAAGGUGGGCUGCAUCGGUCCGUACUGGUAAAAUGACCUACAGUGAGUACCUUCGUAAGGUUUCGCUCAUGUCAAUGCUUCAGAGGUCGGAUACGAUGACCAGCAAGCAGGACAUGUUUCAAAGUCGGAGCCUGGACUGGUCCUCGGCUGCUAGAGAGAAGCGUCCAAGGACUCGAAGUCUUGAGGGGAUGUUUGAGGAGGAGCAUUUGCCAAAACGCCUCGAGAUUGAUGGUGGCCGGAGUCAAUUAAAUUCAAGGGAUAACACUCAUAUACGACACAAAGGCAGGGAACGUCCAGACAUGACAGGUGUCAUCACACCAGGAGACAGCGCGAAGGUGUGCAGUCAACCACUUCCUCCGGAGCUUGAGAGAUUGUAUACCAGAUCUUCAAGCAGAGUACCUACACUCGAUAUUGGACAAUCGCUAGAUGAGUACCUUCCGACUGAUUUCCUUGAUCAGGAACGCCAUAAGCUACGCAUGCAAUAUCCGAUGUAUAAUUUCAAGCGAGAGAAUGAACGACAGUACGCGUCGAAUCAGUUCACGUCCAAAUCCUUGCCAUCUCAAGUGUCAUUCCAUGGAGACGUAGAGAGGCCGAUGACGAAUGAACCCAGAGAGAUCACUUUAGAGUCGGAUGUUACGCACACCGGCCAACAGAAACGCAAAUCAAAACCACGUAGGUUGAACAGUCGCCUUGGCUACAAUGCCAUUUGUAUUACCGGUGGAAGGAUUCCGACCAAAGCAAGUGCCUCGGACGAGAUUGAAGCACUUGCGGAAUUGCAAAGACAGUACCUAGAGCAACAAACACUCAAUGACGUCACACCGGACAACGUUCUACCGCGUUUGUACGCAGUCCCCCAUCAACCACCAACGACACCUGUGGAUGCAACCAUUGCCAGUGUGUCUUUACCCGAGAUCCUUGCACAGAUGGCUGAGGGAGCGACGGUUUACAGGAUAAGCGAAGAAACACUCGAUAAAGAGCCAAAGGGAGGUCAAAGUAUUCCUGUCCCGACAAAGGUACCUGGAACUUCGGAGCCUAAAAAGAACGUUCAGGGUGAGUCUGUAAAUAUAGUAACAAUCGAAGCGGAAACGAGUUGCCUAAAGGCCGAUUCCAAAGAGAGUAUCAGCAAGGAGUCCAAAGACAGUGGUAAUUCUGGCAGCAACGCUGACGCAGGUCACCCAAAGGCAGAACCGGGCAAUGAAAAUUGUGAAAAUGACGCUGCAGAAACAUUUUCUCUUAAGAGUGAAGUUCUUGAAGGUAAAAGUGAUUACUCUGAAUACAAAGAAGGAAUCAAGCAUGGCAAUGGAACAGAGACCAACGACAGCAAUAACAACAAAAUCCGAAAAGAUCUUAAGACCUCUAUCAAGAAGCUUGAGAUUUCCGACGUUAACGGUCUGGAGAGUCAGAUGACAACCGUCUCUAGUCGUUCUUUGGAAAGAAUGAUGGCUCGACUGCCAUCAAGACAUCUCAAAAGUCGGGACAAGCGCUCUAGGAGAUCAAGGACCAUCGGCGCAGCCUCGGGUCUCAUGGCCAAGAGAUCUCCUAUGACCACAAAACACGUGGUCUUUGUCAGUCCUGCCUUUAACCAAAGCAAGGCGUAACCUAGGCUCAUAUUGUAUUGAUAACAGUACGAAUAACAUAUGGGACGUUGGACAAAACUUGCAAUCAAAUUCUAGUUCCCAAAUCAGUCAUAAUUGCAAUUAAAUCAAUAUGAAAUUGGUUGUUGAUAUACCCAUUGCAGUUUUCGAGCGCUUGGGUUCAAUAUGGUAGUUUUUAAAACUUCAGUGCGAAAUCAUCAGGAUUGUGUGUGUGUGUGUGUGUGCAUAUUGCCGGCCUUCCUAAUUAACUUAUUGGCAAUCCUAAAGUCAUAGGUACACCAGUACACUCGACUUCAGACCGAUAUCACCUAUAACAUCAAAACAAAUGACAUAAUCUUCGGUAGGUUUGGAGUCAGUUCCGUUGUUGUGAAUUAUACAUGAAAUAGAACUUAAAGGGAUGGUCCGGGCUGAAAAUAUUUAUAUUUUAGUACAUAGAGUAGAAUUCACAGAGCAA